AUGUCGCGACGCUGUCGCAUACAGGCACGUCCAAAUGUUGCCAGUGGAACGAAGAAGAGUAUGCCAUCAAAACCGAGAUCUGCUUCACCAAUUAAACCGCAGUCAGAUAGUAUAUCAGCCCUAUCCACCAUAGUAAUGAUACAGGAGAAAAAUAUACCAGAAACAGAGACCUUAAGGAAAGUUGCUGUUGAGGUCCAAGAACUGCAAUCCAUGCCUGUUAACUCUGAAUCGAUUUCAAACGAUUUAGAUAAAGAUGGAGCAAACACACAAACAGGUAAGCCCUCAUCGGUCAGUGACUACACAUUCGAAUCACCGACACUUUUAAAAACACCUCAACUAAUUCAUAAACCUCAUGGCAAUUCUCCGUCUAAAUCACCUAGAUCACAUUCGCCAUUAAAAUCACCGGUCAGUGUUGCAAGCUCUAUCGCUUCAUCUGGUAUUGAACAACCGUUUCCACAGUGUGCAAGAGCUGUAUCUUCCGUUUCUCCUACCACAAAUGAUUGUUCACCGAAAGUGAGGAAAAAAUUUACUGGCAGUGAGCCCUUAGACCCAAAAACAAUGACUAUGCAAGAUUUAAUUUUCUGGAAUCCGAAGAAUGAAAAAAGACUGCAUGAUGAUUCUCGAAAAAAGAAGAAAGAUAGUGUAACAGAUCUGGAAAUUAUAGGAAAAACUGACGUCGAGAGCAAGCAGAAAAGAAUCCAAAAACCUGCUUUUGCUGCUCCGCAGGUCAAAAUAGCAGCCGAUGGUUCUUUGGUUAUUGAUGAAUCGAGUUUGACGAUUACGAACGAAAGUGAUUCGAAUGUUUGGGAGACUGUAGAAGAAGAUCGAUCAAAUAGGAAGCUGAAUUCAAUGAGUUUUCGAAAGAGACCAUUCUGCAGAGGCAAUCCGUGGAGUGAAUUAGAAACUGAUCUUUUUUAUGAUAUUUUAAGAGCCACAGGCCCAGAUUUUGGGCUAAUGCAUGAGUUCUUCCCGUCCCGAACACGAUUGGAAUUAAAAGCCAAGUAUAAUCGAGAAGAAAGGUUCAACUGGACUCGGUUAAAUCAGGCUAUGGCUGUGCCAACAUUGUUAUCUGAUGCCUUAUAUUCGCACGCAAAUGAAAUCAUUGAUAGAAUUAAGGAAAAAGAAAUUAAAAAAAAGACAUCAAAAAGGAACAGCGCAAUGAGCGAUACGAUGAGCGAAGUAGUCGCAGUUGACUGGAAUGAAGAAGAAGCUAAUUUGGAAGCAGAAGCUGAGGAGGCUAUUUUGAGGCUGUUAGAAGAUGAAGAGCAAUUUGGUGGGUCCUCUGAGAAAAAAGCACGCAAACAGAAGAUAGUUGCUCAAAAAAAAAUGAAAGAUGCUUUGUUAAAUGAAGUUGCGGAAGAGGCUGUCCUGGUGUUGAAGGGAAAGAAAUGUGAAAGGAGAAAAAAUGAAUGGAAGAAAAUAUGUGAAACAGCAUUAAGUAAACUUGGCGAGGAUUUCCCGAAAUUUGAAAUUUUGAUUGACGAAAAUGCUGACGGUGUAACGGUAGAAACAAAAGCGAGCUCGGAAGGUCUACCAAUUGUAAGGAUACCACUGGGAACUGUUCCUAAAGUGUUACCAGUUGAUGAGAAGCAUCCGCAACGAGUGUUUUUUGAUUGCUCUGCUAAACAAGACCUUGCAUCGCGAUACUAUGUUAUACAGCAUCAAAUGGGUCCUGGAGAACCGACUACUGGUUAUCUUCAUCUAUUUCGAACCUCCAAGAAGAGUGUGGUGAUUGCAUCAACCGAAUCCAACACCACGGGCCCACGCGUCACCACUUUUGCAGCCAUUAUAACUCAGUACUCUGCCCCGUACGGGGCGUUCAAAAAUUGCCUACAACAUCCAUUUUUCAGGAGUUGCGGCGGGCAAUUGGGUGAAAGUUUUCAACCAGCAAUAAACGCACCUCGGCUAAGCCUCAUUGGUCACGUUAUCGCCACUGCGCAAAGCUGGGUUAUUUUGGUUACUAUAAAAAAGUAUCGUAGUAGAGUCAGCAUGGCAACAGUGGUAGAAAUGACUAUUGAGAAAAUUGAUGAGGUGAAAUCUCGGCUUGGAAGAUCACUGGGAACGCCAAUGCGGUUGCGAGAUUUAAUACGUCAAGUACGAGCAGCUCGUACGAUGGCUGAGGAGCGGGCUGUAGUUGAUCGAGAAAGUGCAAACAUUAGAGAGACAUUUCGAGACGAUGACAGUCCAUGGAAAUGCAGAAAUAUUGCGAAGCUAUUGUACAUACACAUGCUGGGCUAUCCGGCUCAUUUUGGACAGAUGGAAUGUAUGAAAUUAGUUGCGCAACCAAGAUACACCGAUAAGCGUAUUGGCUAUCUGGGUGCAAUGUUGCUGUUAGACGAACGUUCAGAAGUUCAUCUUCUUGUUACUAAUUCUCUGAAAAAUGAUUUGAAUGCUUCAACACAAUUCGUAACGGGCCUUGCACUUUGCACAUUAGGCUCAAUUUGUUCGUCAGAGAUGUGUCGUGAUUUGGCUGGUGAAGUUGAAAGGCUAAUUAAAUCCAGCAAUACCUACAUAAAAAAAAAGGCAGCUUUAUGUGCCUUUCGAAUCGUGAAAAAAGUGCCUGAACUCAUGGAAAUGUUCAUCUCAUGCACAAAAUCAUUAAUCAGCGAAAAGAAUCAUGGAGUGUUAAUUGGUGGAAUAACCUUGGUUACCGAAAUGUGUGAGAAAAGCCCUGACGUAUUAAAUCAUUUUAAGAAAAUGGUGCCGAAUUUAGUUCGUAUAUUGAAAAACCUUUUAAUGAGUGGUUAUUCACCGGAACACGAUGUGACGGGUAUCAGUGAUCCUUUCUUACAGAUUAAAAUCUUGAAAUUACUGCGUAUUUUGGGACGUUAUGACGCGAAAGCAAGCGAGGAAAUGAAUGAUAUAUUGGCACAGGUAGCUACAAAUACAGAAACGUCAAAAAACGUUGGUAAUGCUAUUUUAUAUGAAACGGUGUUGACAAUCAUGGAAAUACGGAGUGAAAGUGGCCUUCGUGUUCUAGCAGUAAAUAUUCUUGGAAGAUUUUUAUUAAAUCCAGAUAAGAAUAUUCGAUAUGUUGCACUAAACACCUUAUUAAAAACAGUGUUCGUGGAUUAUAAUGCAGUUCAGAGGCAUCGUACAACUGUUGUUGAUUGUCUGAAAGAUCCAGAUGUAUCAAUUAGAAGACGUGCGAUGGAACUCUGUUUUGCACUGAUUAACCAUACAAAUAUAACAAACAUGACGAAAGAAAUAUUGAUAUUUUUGGAAACUGCCGAUCCGGAAUUUAAAGCAGAAUGUGCCUCAAAAAUGUACAUUGCCACUGAAAAAUAUUCACCCAAUUAUGGUUGGCAUCUUGACACGAUGAUCAAAGUGUUGAAAUUGGCAGGUAAUUAUGUACCUGACGAAGUGGUUUCGUGCAUGAUUCAGCUUAUUUCAUCACAUACGGAACUGCAGCAUUAUGCAGCUGUACAACUUUAUCGAGCUGCACAGGCUGAUGUUGUUAAUGCCCAACCACUAUUACAAGUAGCAUUUUGGACGAUUGGAGAAUUUGGUGAUAUCAUACUUCAAUUGAAUGAUGAUGAAGUAGUCAAGGUGGAAGAAUCGAGUAUUAUCGAUGUCUUUGAACGUGUACUGCCAAGUAAUUUGACGAAUACUAUAACCAAAUCAUAUGCGUUGACGGCUUUAGCAAAACUGGAUACAAGAUUUAAUGAGACAAAUAAUCGCAUUCGUCAAUUGAUUGAGUCGAAUAAGGAACAUCUUCACCUCGAACUGCAACAACGAUCAGUUGAAUUUUCUCGUUUGUUGAACUAUGGGGAAUUGAAAUUUGGCCUUUUGGAAAGGAUGCCUGUUAUUACACACAACAUAUUAAACGCAGCUGCGCAACCAAUUGAAAGGGAUACCUCAAUAAAUGAAGGCUUUACAAUUGAGAACAAAUCAGAAAGCACCAAUUUGCUGGGAGAUCUUGAAGCGCCUCCAUUACUGGGAUCUUCAGAACAAAUGAAAAUAUCCCAACCAUCGGAUUUGUUUGAUUUAAUGAACUUCGAAGCAAACAUCAAUGGUCUAACACCUGCAGAAAUUAUGAACGGCACGAAAACGAUCGAUUUAAUGGACGGUUUGAUUAACAAUACUUCGACAAAUAAAAUGCCUUUAAAAUCAGCAGCAUCAACAUUGAGCGAUUUGGAUCCUUUCGACUUAUUUUCGAUGGAUGCAUCCAAAAAAGUUUCACAGCCUUCAACAAUGGCAAUUAAUACGAAUGGCAUCGAAGGCGUUCUUUAUGUCGAUAGUACUUUCAAUGAGAAUAGUGUGGCGGCAUUGAGGCUUCUCGUAACUAAUAAUAAUCCUUUACCUGUUGAAGCUUUCAACUUUCAAGCAGCUGUUACUAAGGCGUUUCAAAUAGAGUUGUUGCCUCCAUCUAGUUCAAACUUACCACCCAAUCGACAGGGUACGAUCAUACAGAUGAUAAACAUUAGAAGGAUAUCAUUCACCCAUCCGCUGAAAAUGAGAAUCAAAGCGUUUUAUAAUAUUGAUGGGCGACAACAGUUAAUAGAAUGUCUGGUGCCAAAAAUUGAAGGAUUAAGCUGA